GCCGCUGAGAAGGGAAAGCCCACCAUCUACCACCUGCAGCCAUGGAAGGGGGUGUGCAGCUCCUCAACCGCGACGGCCACAGCAUCUCCCACAACUCCAAGCGGCACUAUCACGACGCCUUCGUGUGCAUGAACCGCAUGCGUCAGCGUGGGCUGCUCUGCGACAUUGUGCUCCACGUGGGCACCAAGGAAAUCAAGGCCCACAAGGUGGUGCUGGCGUCCUGCAGCCCGUACUUCCACGCCAUGUUCACAAAUGAGAUGAGUGAGAGCCGCCAGACCCACGUGACGCUGCACGACAUUGACCCGCAGGCCCUGGAGCAGCUGGUGCAAUAUGCUUACACGGCCGAGAUUGUGGUGGGCGAGGGGAAUGUGCAGACACUUCUUCCUGCUGCCAGCCUGCUUCAGCUCAACGGUGUGCGGGAUGCUUGCUGCAAGUUCCUACUCAGCCAGCUUGACCCAUCCAACUGCCUGGGGAUCCGGGGUUUUGCUGACACGCACUCCUGCAGCGACCUCCUCAAGUCUGCGCACAAGUAUGUCCUCCAACACUUCGUGGAGGUGUCCAAGACAGAGGAGUUCAUGUUGCUGCCUCUUAAACAGGUGCUGGACCUCAUUUCUAGUGACAGCCUCAAUGUGCCAUCGGAGGAGGAGGUGUACCGGGCUGUGCUCAGCUGGGUCAAACACGAUGUAGACAGCAGAAGACAGCAUGUCCCUAGGCUUAUGAAGUGCGUGCGACUGCCCCUGCUGAGCCGGGACUUCCUCAUGAGCAACGUGGACACAGAGCUGCUGGUGCGGCAUCACUCGGAGUGCAAGGACCUGCUGAUCGAAGCCCUCAAGUACCACCUCAUGCCGGAGCAGAGAGGGGUCCUUAGCAACAGCAGGAGGGUAAGGCCCCGCCGCGCGCUCACGUACACGCAGACCCCUUCCCAGGGCCUUGGACUGUUGCUUGCUCUGUUUGCCGUCCUGUGCGCAGGUGGGGGGAGCCUGUUCGCCAUCCACGGGGACUGCGAGGCCUAUGACACGCGGACGGAUCGGUGGCACAUGGUGGCCUCCAUGUCGACCCGCAGGGCCAGAGUGGGCGUUGCUGCCAUUGGGAACAAGCUGUAUGCCGUGGGCGGCUACGAUGGGACCUCUGAUCUGGCCACAGUGGAGUCCUAUGAUCCUGUCACCAAUUCCUGGCAACCUGAGGUGUCCAUGGGCACCAGGAGGAGCUGCCUGGGUGUAGCAGCGCUUCACGGGCUUCUCUAUGCUGCUGGGGGGUACGAUGGGGCCUCGUGCCUGAACAGCGCAGAGCGGUACGACCCUCUGACAGGCACCUGGACAUCCAUCGCUGCCAUGAGCACCAGGAGGCGCUACGUCCGGGUGGCAACGCUAGAAGGCAACCUCUAUGCUGUUGGGGGAUAUGACAGCUCAUCCCACUUAGCCACAGUAGAAAAGUAUGAGCCCCAGAUCAACACCUGGACACCCAUUGCCAAUAUGCUAAGCCGCCGGAGCAGCGCAGGAGUGGCCGUGCUGGAGGGGAUGCUCUAUGUGGCUGGUGGCAAUGACGGGACCAGCUGCCUUAACUCUGUUGAGCGCUACAACCCCAAAACCAACACAUGGGAGAGCGUGGCGCCCAUGAACAUCCGUAGGAGCACCCACGACCUGGUGGCCAUGGAUGGGUGGCUGUACGCAGUGGGCGGCAACGAUGGGAGCUCCAGCCUAAACUCCAUCGAGAAGUACAACCCCCGUACCAACAAGUGGGUAGCAGCCUCGUGCAUGUUCACACGCCGGAGCAGCGUGGGGGUGGCUGUGCUGGAACUCCUCAACUUCCCGCCCCCCUCCUCGCCCACCCUGUCGGUGUCUUCGACGAGCCUUUGA